AUGAGCUUCCUUCAUGUUCACUAAUAAUCUUAUCACUAAUCAACUGAAGAGUCCUUAGAUUCUAACAAAUUGAACUUUCUUCAAAUUCAAAACGUUGACAUCAAGGAAUAUAAAAAAAAGUGGAUGUUACACUUCAACUCCAUUCCUAAUUACAAAACCUUAGAAGGGACGUAUUAUCAGCUUCAACAAGCUAAGACAACAGAUCACAGGGAAAAAAAUGAGGAAAUUUUACUUCAGUGUAUUCUAAUAAGUGUUCAGGCCCCUCCAAGUUUAAAACUUUCUGAUGAAUAAUGGUAAUUAGUGAGUGAAUUGAUGCCAACCUUUAGAACUCCUUAGGAAUUUUAGUAAAUGAGUCUAUAAUUUCUACCUCAAUCGGCUUAUAACAAUCCAUGGACUGAAUAGGAGGAUCAACACUUGCUUGAAAUUAUAUUGUCAUUUUUAAAAUAAAAGAAAGGCAACAAAUGGAGCAAAAUAGCCAAAGAACUAAAUGAUGUAUGUUAGAAUAAAUUGAUGAGAACACCCAAACAAUGUAGAGAAAGAUGGGGCAAUAAAUUAGAUCCAUCUAUUAAUCGUGAAGAGUGGAGUGACGCAGAAGAUCUUUAUUUCUUACAGUUACUCCUGUAGCAUGGACGUAGAUGGGCAGAAAUAGCCAUUCGACUUUCAGCCGUGACAGAAAGCAAGAAGAGAACCGAAUUUGCUUUGAAACAUCGUUACAAAAAAACGAUUCUUUGUUCAAGUAUUUCAAACCCUAAACAAUAAGUUGGAAAUUCUUACACUGUGUCUUCUGAAUGGAAUUCUAAGGAAGCCAACAAGAUAAUUGCCAAGAUAUCUUAACUGGAGAAGGCAAUCGAACCUUAGAAAUCCAAUUCAUAUCAUUAUUAACCUUUAAAAAAAUAGCUUAAACUUAAUGACUCGAGUAGACUAGUCCUAAUAAGAGGAUCAAGCAAGGAGGAAAUAGAUUUAUCUAAACUUUUUCAUUAGAUGGAUCUACAGUUUCUUCCUUCUUCGUGGAGUCAAGUUUGAAUAUUCAUAUUAUAUUAAAACAAUCAUCCAAUAGAUA